CAGACGUUGUUGUCAAAUCUAAAGCCGAGCACCCACAGUGCCACGACAAAAGAAUAAAAAUAUAACGAAUGCUCAAGCCGAUUUUUUUGUGAGUGCAGGACGCACGACUUUGCUCAACACACUUUCCCUGCAUUUGCACCUUGCAGCAAGAGUUGUUUUCCCUUCUUUUCUUGGAGACUGGCUGCUAAGUACUUGACCACCUACUUGUACUUUUUUUCUCUCUCCUUCCUUCAAUUUUUGACGGGGGUAUGGUGUACCGGAUUUUCUGCUUGGAGUUUCGAUUUUAAUGGUUGGCGCUUUGUUUACUUUCCCGAGGGGCACGCAGUUCGUCCAAGAUUAAUUGUGGACCUGUUGGUGAGACUGAUUUAUUUGGCGUAGUUUCCCGAUUUUUUCUGAAGUAGCUGGAAUGGCUACUUUACCAGGAACAGUACCACGAAUGAUGCGUCCAGCCCCAGGCCAGAAUUAUCCCAGAACUGGAUUCCCUUUGGAAGUAUCAACGCCACUGGGACAAGGCCGGGUGAACCAGCUCGGUGGAGUUUUCAUCAAUGGAAGGCCGCUGCCAAAUCAUAUCCGCCACAAGAUAGUAGAGAUGGCCCACCACGGCAUCCGGCCCUGCGUAAUCUCGCGACAGCUGCGAGUUUCCCACGGCUGUGUGUCCAAAAUCCUCUGUCGGUACCAGGAGACGGGCUCGAUUCGCCCCGGGGCAAUAGGUGGAAGCAAACCCAGGCAGGUGGCAACGCCGGACGUGGAAAAGAGGAUUGAGGAAUACAAACGAGAGAACCCAGGAAUGUUUAGCUGGGAGAUCCGAGACAAACUUCUGAAGGACGGGGUGUGCGACAGAAGUACGGUUCCUUCAGGUGAGGCCUCAGCCGUGAGCUCUAUUAGCCGGGUUUUGCGCGCACGCUUUGGGAAAAAAGAUGACGAUGAUGAUUGUGAUAAAAAGGAUGACGACGGGGAGAAGAAAACCAAACAUAGCAUUGACGGCAUACUCGGAGAUAAAGGUAACCGUACAGACGAGGGCUCGGACGUGGACUCUGAGCCAGACCUGCCCCUGAAGCGUAAGCAGCGCCGCAGCAGGACCACCUUCACGGCCGAGCAGCUGGAGGAGCUGGAGAAGGCCUUCGAGCGCACACACUACCCCGACAUCUACACCCGCGAGGAGCUCGCCCAGCGGACCAAGCUCACAGAGGCACGCGUGCAGGUGUGGUUCAGCAACCGGAGAGCCAGGUGGCGUAAGCAGGCGGGAGCCAAUCAGCUGGCUGCGUUCAACCAUCUGCUUCCCGGUGGCUUCCCUCCCACUGGCAUGCCCACCUUACCCACGUACCAGCUGCCAGAGUCCAGCUACCCCGGCGCCACCCUCUCACAAGAUGGCAGUAGCACGUUACACCGGCCCCAGCCGCUGCCGCCCUCCUCCAUGCACCAGGGCGGGCUCUCGGCAGACGGUGGCUCCGCCUAUGGCCUCUCCUCUGCCAAUCGGCACGGCUUCUCCAGCUAUUCCGACACCUUCAUGAGCCCUGCAUCCUCCGGCAACCACAUGAACCCCGUCAGCAACGGCCUCUCCCCACAGGUGAUGAGUAUCCUGAGCAGUCCCAGUGCGGUGUCGUCCCAGCCCCAGCAUGACUUCUCCAUCUCCCCGCUCCACGGCGGCCUGGAGGCCUCCUCCAACUCCAUCUCGGCCAGCUGCAGCCAGCGCUCCGACUCCAUCAAGGGGGUGGACAGCCUGGCCGCCUCCUCCCAGGCCUACUGCCCCCCCACCUACAGCGCCACCAGCUACAGCGUGGACCCCGUCACCGCUGGCUACCAGUACAGCCAGUACGGACAGACGGCGGUUGACUACCUGGCCAAGAACGUGAGCCUGUCCACCCAGAGGCGCAUGAAGCUGGGGGACCACUCUGCCGUGCUGGGCCUGCUACAGGUGGAGACGGGACAGGCCUACUGAGCACCACCAUACAGCACAGCACAGCAGAGUAACAGUACAGCAUGGCACAGCCAGAGCCACAGCCCACAGACAGCAGCCUUCCACACACACA